CCUGGUGUCCAAGGCUGCGCAUCUUUUCGCCUCAGUACCAGCGCGGUACCUCAGAUUGAGAGCAACAAAAACAUGUCCGAGAGGUUGAACCGUUACUAGCUACAGCCGACUGCUGUCACCGCAACAAGUCGUCACUUCGACGGACUGCUAUAUGAUUCCCGUCGUGACAACGGCCGACAACCCAGAAAGAUGGCACAGAAAGCACUGGGAUCCAUUGUUGGUCUUCUUUGCACCGGGACCUAUCUUGUGCAGGGGAAGGAGUUCUGUUUUGGGGUAAACAAUGAGCAGUACCGCUGUGAGAUGGGGUACUGCUGUGGUGAAACAGAAUGCUGCACUUACUACUAUGAACUGUGGUGGUUCUGGUUGGUAUGGACCUUAAUCAUCAUGCUGAGCUGCUGUUGUGCCUAUCGACACCGGAGGGUUAAAAUGCGUCUUCAGCAGGAGCAGCGCCAGCGUGAGAUCAGCCUCAUGGCCUACCAAGGAGCCUCCAGCUCCUUUAUUUCACCUCCACCUCUCAAUUUAAGAUUUUGGAAUGACUGCAAGCUUCCUGACUAUGAAGAGGUAGUUGGCCACCCUCCGACACCUCCUCCUCCUUACUCUGAAAACCCUCCUGAGUGUAUCCCUGUAGUCGUUCCACAAGUGAACCAGCCGGACGCUUCUUCUGUGCCACAACCCCUCGCCGAGGCUGAGCCGAGGGUGGACUGUCAGGCCUCCGGUUCGUCAUCAGACCAGGAGGCGGUGUCGCUCCCAAUCCAAGUACUGUGUGCGGCAGAGGAGAAUGUAGAGGCGGCAGAGGAGGACGAGGAGCUUGUGACUCGGCGUCGGCACGUAACCGGCGACUCAGGGAUUGAGGUGUGCGUUUGCCAGCUUGACGUAGACGAAGGCUCAGGGCUUGAGGAGGAAAGCGAAGAGGAGCAGCGUAUGUGUAAGGUCGCCGGGAGGGACUGCUGCUCCGCCCCCCAACAGCAAACCUUAAGACAGAAGGAGCACGCCUCAGAGCUGCCUAGCCAGACUAGCACCAGCAAUGGAGACCACGUGGUGUGAUCCACAGCGUAACCAACCAGCCAACUGGUGCAGCUUCCACAACCACAGGGAGACCGUCUUGUGUUUUAAUUCUCUAAACUAACUAACUUAGACAUGACAUCUAGGUGAUGAAGAUAAUGAUAAAUAAUCUGUAAUAGCUCCAGAUUAGGAAAAAUUAUUGUAAUGUGUGGACAAUUUUUUUUCUUUGCUUUUCUAAUUGGGGAGCAAGCAAUUAUAUGUUGUAGCCCCAUUAGGUGUUUUUUAUUUAGUACUAACCAUGAGAAAGUUAUUGGGUGGUUAGAAGACAGCAGUUGAUUGUGAACCAGAAUUGACGUCAUUGUGACUGUCCUUUAGCCCUGCUGUCAUAUUUCAGGCCUUGGUCAAAACAUCUCCAACCAUCCUUCCUGUCUGACAUUUCAUCUCUGGUGGAGGCAAUUAUUCAGGAGCGUAUCAACGCAGUCAGCUGCAUUCCUCUCGUAUCUGCCCCCCCCAGCUACAACUAAGCAGAGGAAGCAGCAGCAAACAUUUCGAAACUGUAGGAUGAGACUGGAUGAAAUCAACAACAGAUUAUUUUUCAUUUUCCCCAAAGCUCUGUGCGUGCAAGACUGCGGCCUCUGCUGUGAAAUCCAGGGCACAGCUGCGUAGUGAUGUCACGUCUGAGGUCAUGAUAACCAGCAUCUGGUGUGAAGACUUUGGGACUCGAGCGAGGAAGGCCGUACACUCACUGGUGGAAGAGCAAAGAGUUUAGCUCAUUCUUAGGAUGCUGAAUGGCACACGAACCCCCUUUUUAGACGACUUUCUCCUCACCCUUUGUGCAGUCUCCUCGGCCAUGUCACCAACAGUCACCAUGACAUUUGGGAUACUCAGCAUUUCAGCGGUUUAUGGAUUGUGUACAUGUAAUCUCACUCUGGUUGUAGAUUGCAUUAAAUCCAUAGUAGUGAUGCCACCAAACUUAUUACUUAAUAAAAAAGCCUUGCGGUGGCUCUGUAUUGCCGUGCUCAGUACGUAGUUUGGAUGUUCAUAUAAAAGAAUGCGGUUUUCAUUUCGUAGCCAGCUGUGCUUCAGUAAAUGCCACAGGUGUCACUUUUAAUUGCAACAAAGCUCCAAACAGGGGCUGCUGGAGUGCGUCGUAGUAGCGGUUGUAGUGCUUGGGUGUUUCAGUGCAGUAGGGAAACAUUGAGAUGUGUGUCUGUGUGUAUAUCUUUCAAAGUGCUGUGUUGCCUGGUUGAAAAGACUGAGGUGAGGUUACUAUUAAAAGCACUGGUGUUUUGCAUGAGGCAUGGUUUAUGUGUUUAUAUAUGAGCUCAUUUGUAUCCUGGGAGGAGAUGUGGAUCUCUUUUGGGUUUCUGUCAGAAAGAAAUCAUCAGCUAAAUCAAACAUGCGGAGCUACCCGUCUGUGGCGACCCCCUUGUGAAUAAGGGGAUGGCCGAAAGUAGCGUUUUAGAAUUUUCUAGUACUUGUGCUACUUGCUUUGCUUAUUAUUUUGUUGCAGUAAUAAUGACUGCACAGGUUUGAGCCCCGAUGUUGGGGGAAAGAAAGGGACUGAGGUUUAACAUUAACUGUCUGGAUCUAAUAUUUUUGUGUUGUUUUGACCGUGUGAGCCAUGUCGUGCUGAUAGCUUGUUAGCUCAGGCUGUCUUGGCUCUCUAUCUGGCCCCUGUAACUCUUGGCAGUUUGAGGGGAUUUGCAGUGGUAUUUUCCAUUGGCAGCAGAGGGCCCGGUGCAUUAGCAGGUUGAGAUGGAUGCAGGCUGUCCUCUGCAGUCAAUUCGGUGUUGGUACAGCAGCCAACUCUAUUGUGACUGACUACAUGCUGCUUGCGCCGCACACCGUGCAGUUUGUGUUUAGAACAUAGCCAGUCAAACCGGUUGUAGUCAGAUUUAGAAAUUCUUGUCUUUGCAAGAUGAGCAGUAACUGAUAAGUUAGUAAAUAUUUCAUUGAGAGUUUAUUUUGGAACAACAGUGAAUAACUUUUUGUCUGCUCUGAUAGCACGUGUCCAAACGGACACAGUGUAGAGACUCAGGUCAGUCAGUCUGCUUCACACACGCACUCACCAAGUCCUGCUUCCAUUUGGCCUUUAUCACCAGUUAACAUCGCGGUGCAGUACUCUCUGUUCUAGAUGAUUUCACCAAGGGUAACAAUAGUUCACAUGGACUCUGUCUGUCUGAUGUUGCUUCACAAUCUUCACAUGUGUUUUGAUUUUUCCUUUAAAUACCAUAGAGUUAGAAGACAUUUCCAUCUGGCAAAGCGGGGAACAAAGGCUAGCAUUUCAAGCUUGCUGGUUAUAUUUAUGCGGCUUUGAAUGCUUCUUUAUUUUCAGUGCUGAAUGAACUCUGACAAGGACACAUUUGAACUGAACUUUGUUGGCCCUGUUAGCAGAACACAACACUUGAGUUCUGUGCACAAAUAUGUAAUUUUAGGCAGCUCUGUGGCUCAUGAAUCAGUUUUGUUAUUUCCCCCCAGCUAGCAGCAGCCUGUUCUGGUUGUGGCUGUGCAUGCUAAAAAAAACGAAAACAAGUGGGCCACUGCGUCAGGCGUUUGAGAGCAGAAUGAAAAUAUGUGAAUGCACAGCUGCCUGAAAUUUCAUAUUCAUUUAAACGGGCGUCUUUAAACUUGCUGCGAUGGCGUUAUACAAGAUUAGUUAGAGGUUCGCAGUCCGUGUGCUGUGCGGUCGAGCCGGUGCUUUAACAUGAAGCCAUACUAACACGACAGCGACCUUAUCAGAGGAGCAGUCACACUGUGAGCAUGGCUGCACACCCAUUAGCAUAAAUGAUAAUAGACAUUUUGUUUGCCAACACACCUCGAGCUGCCUUGGUGCAUUUAUACAGAGCAAAUGUGAUGAUUAAGGAGCUGCACAGUAAAAUAUAAAUUAUAACCUCUUUGUGUGGAAGCAGAUGUGAUACUGCCUUAUUAAAGUAGACUAAUAGUCAGGGUUUUUUUUCCUGUGGUAACAUUUGUUUUUGAAGCAUGGUUGCUGUAGCUAGAAUAUACAUUUCUGAGAAAAGUGUGCUUGUGUCUUAGAAAAGGAUGUGGUGGGUAAACAUUAAAAAGCCACAAGAUUUGAACUGUUCUGUACAGCGUUGUUGCUGGAGGGGCGGUUGUAGUGACUUUAAAAUCUGUGUGUAGUUAGCUGUGGCACUGACGGAGUAUGUUCAGACCAUGUAGUUUGUGCUCAGUCUGUUUUAGCUUUUUUUUCUCCUCUCUUUGAGGUGGCUGUUGGUUUAUUUAGUGAAAUAUACUUAGUUGAAAGCAUGAGAAGAGUAGAAAAUGUCCUCGUUCUUGUUUUCUAUGGCUUGUUUUCCAUAUGAAGGACAAAAACUGACUCCAGAAGAGUUUUUUUGUUUGUUGCUAAGGUGGAUCUUUUCUUAUUUGUAUACAUAUUUAGGGUAAUAACAGAGCAGGGCAGGUGGGUGGUGGGGAAUGAAUAAGGGAAUAGGGGUUUCUUCUGUGCAGGAGUGAACUGGAGGUUCAUGGUUUUCCCCCAUUGCCAAACAACUGCUAUGCCUCCCUGGUUUUCACAUGUUUACUGAGAGUAAGGGCUAUAUUGGUCAAGUCCACCCAUUUCAUCGAGCAAUUCAUCUGUUCUGCGUUGUUCUUUAAAAGCCACAGAUGCCGAGAUCCGCUACCUGAAAGCGGUCAGAAGCGAGUCGUGUGAUCACCGUUUGGACUUGGCUGUCUCGUGAUGUUGCGGUGGAGCUCGUAUUUAUCUAAUAGCUGAUUGUAUACGACCACAUAUGUUUGUUUUAUAGGCUUUAACUUUGCCUUCUUGUUUUGUCGACCUCAACAGAGAUCCGUGAUGCAGCGUAACCGACCGAUCCCCACCCUCCCCACACACACUCCUCCGCCCCCCAAAGCAGUGGCAUGUUUUGCUCCGUCGGCCGUUUAUGGGCUGCAACUCCACCAACCUCCACCAGGCCGCGUCUCGAUAACAGAAAGUGUAGCCAACACUGUAGCUGCUCGUUUUAUUCUCAGCUGCACUGCUCCUCAGCUUGUCGACAGAGUAAACGUACCAAAGCCUUCGCCAUCCUCGCGCUUCACGGCUCAUCACUGUUUCGUACUCUCAGGGUUACCUCUAGCGAGCAGCGCUGUAGUUUGAAAUCGACACGUUUUUCACCCACGAGUCUCAUAAAGCCAAAGCAACUGUUUCGCUUUUAUUACUGUCUUGAUAUUUCUUGUCUGCAUCACGUAUCUCUGUGAAACAUACUGAUCUAGGCUAUGCAAAAACAUGAGCUUACUGUUAUAUGCUGCGACCCCUCCGCUCCUGUUUUACAGUCUCUCUGUCGUUUUGUUUGUGGGCACCAGUACAAGCAAUAUAACUCUCAGUACUUGUGGCACUGCACUAUACUGUAAUCUACUUCGGUUGGUCUGUGUUUUAUCUAUUUGUUUAAGAAAAACUGUUUAAAAAGAAAGAAAAAUACUUGUAAUGCUACUACAGUGAUGUGGGGAGUGUCUAUUGAGGGGCUUGAGUUAAAAUGCCAUUCUAGUUUUUAAAUAUAUAUAUAUAUAUAUAUAUAUACACCAUUUCCCCUCUUAUUGUUUUGGCUUUUUCUCUCUGCUUCCUUCAACCACUAACACUUCUGCUACAAACCUAUGGAUAAAACACGUUUAGUUGAGUAUGCUGAAAGAGUUGAUUAUAUUAUUAUUAUUAUUAUUAUUAUUAUUUGGUCUGUUUGACAAUUUUCUGUCCCUCAACUUUUUAUUCUCCAUCUUCAUGAAAUUACAGGCUAAAUAUGUAAACAUUGCCUUUAAUCCCCAGUUAAUACAGAACCACAGUUUUUUAUCUAUAUCAUACACAUGAAAGACCUCAACAUGGAACACAGUCAGCGUGGAUCAGACCAGCCAUUAUUAGUAAUACUUUGCUGAGCCCUCAACACUGUACUGAAAACAUUUCAGUGUGAUUGUGUCCAUCAAACCUGUGAACUGUACUAUUUUUUUUUUUCCUCAAACAUAGAUUAUACCAAACAGAUGAGAGGCACAUGUCUUUGAGCUGUGUCAUUUGUCUUUUCUGUUUUGUUUUUUUUUUUGCCAAAAUGGGAAUCAUCCACUUUUGAGAGGGAAGGCAUCUAUUUAAAAAAAAAAAAAGCAACUUGACUCUUUCUACAUUGUUUUCCUGAUAACUUAAAAAGAAAAGAAAAAAAAAGCCAAAAUAAGUAACAUAGAAAAACAAUAAGCACCGACUGACAGACAAAAAAUGCUUUGGUUUUGUAAGAAGUCUGCUGUGUACUCUUUGGGUCAUCAUUUGUAUUUUAUUUUUUUAAUAAAACAAACAUUGGCGCACUGCU